AUGCCCUCUAUCUAUCACUGGCUGGUCGGUAUCUGCGCCGUGUCCACGGUAUGGGCGAACCCCAUGCAAACCCGCGCGGCAGACUAUGUGAUGCCCAACUCGACCGGGUUCCGCAUGCAACAUGGCUUUGAGACGGUCCUUGUCCAACCAUUUGGCUACGACGGGUUUCGCGUUCGCGCCUGGCCCUAUCGUCCGCCCACUGGCAACGAGAUCAGCUUCAUCUACGACCCGCCUCUCGAGGGCUUCGAGGGCGAAAAAGCUCAUGGCCUGGACUUCGACACUGCGUUCAAUGGCAAUCGGACGGUGGCCAUCCGAAAUGGCAACAUGGUCGUCCGCACAUCUGGUUGGGGCGGAAGCCCAGGGGGUUAUCGGUUGGCCUUCUACCGGGUGGAAAAGGAUGGGUCGGAGACGCUGCUUACGAACGAGUAUGCGCCUCUCAAGUCGGUCAAUCCAAGGUAUUACUUCUGGCGUGGGCCUGGGAGCGAGUUCUCCGCCGAAUUCUCGUUCAGAUCGACGCCGGACGAGCAGGUCUACGGCACGGGCACGCAGCAGGAUCAUAUGGUCAACAAGAAGGGGUCUGUGAUUGAUCUGGUCAACUUCAACACGCAUAUUCCGACGCCGGUGUUUGUGAGUAACAAGGGCUACGGCUUUGUGUGGAACAUGGCGUCUGAGGGCCGUAUGGAGUUUGGAGCCUUGCGGAACAAGUUCACGGCCGAGUCGGCCACGGUGGUUGACUAUGCCAUCGUCGCUGCUGAGCGAGGAGACUACGAUACACUGCAGCGUCGGCUCUCAGCGCUGACCGGUCGCGCGCCCACGCCUCCUGAAGCCUCGCUCGGCUAUAUCCAGUCGAAGCUGCGGUAUGAGAAUCAGACCGAGGUCGAGCUGCUGGCUCAGAGUUUCAAAGACCACAACAUCCCAGUCUCCAUGAUCGUCAUCGACUACCAGUCCUGGGCUCACCAGGGAGAUUGGGCAUUGGACCCUCGUCUAUGGCCUGACGUGGCAUCUAUGGCGAAGAAGGUCAUGGAUCUCACCGGCGCCGAGAUGAUGGCUUCGCUCUGGCCCAGCGUAUCCGACAAGAGUGACAACUACCUGGAACUUAUGGCGAAUGGGCUAUUGUCUGCAACGCGAUCUGGGCCCGGCACCACGGACUCCUGGAACGGAUCUUACAUCCGGAAUAUCGACUCGACGAAUCCGGCCGCUCGGCAGUUUCUCUGGAACACGCUGAAGCGCAACUACUACGACGAGGGAAUCAAGAAUUUCUGGAUUGACCAAGCCGACGGCGGAGCGCUAGGCGAGGCCUACGAGAACAACGGGCAGAGCACAUACAUCGAGUCCAUGCCGUUCGCGCUGCCCAACGUACUCUACGCCGCAGGCACCCAGCUCAGCGCAGGCAAGCUGUACCCCUGGGCGCACCAGCAAGCCAUCGAAGAGGGUUUCCGCAACGCCACCGCGACGAAAAUGGGCGAAGCAUGCGACCACAUCAGCCUCAGCCGCUCGGGCUACAUCGGCUCCCAGCGUUUCUGCAGUAUGAUCUGGUCCGGCGAUACAACUUCGGUGUGGGAUACGCUGGCCGUGCAGGUUGCCAGUGGGCUCUCCGCAGCCGCCACCGGUUGGGGAUGGUGGACGAUGGACGCAGGAGGGUUCCAGGCUGACCCGACGGUGCCGUGGAGCGCGAACAUCGACACGCCCGAGUACCGCGAGUUGUACGUGCGGUGGUUCCAGUGGGCGACGUUCCUGCCGUUCAUGCGGACCCACGGAUCGAGGAAAUGCGAUGUCCAGCAUGCGUACACCUGCAGCAACGAACCGUGGUCGUACGGCGAGGGGAACACGCCGAUCAUCGUUUCGUAUAUCCAGCUGCGGUAUCAGCUCAAGGCGUACCUGCAGGCCGUCUUUGAGCAGUUUCAUCAAACGGGUCGGGCAAUCAUGAGGCCGCUGUAUAUGGAUUUCGAGCGGACAGAUCCGCAGAUUGCAAAGAUGACGCAGACCAAUGUCAAUGCUACCACCCAGCAGUACAUGUUCGGUCCGAGGCUGCUGGUAACCCCAGUGAUGUUGCCCAAUGCGACCGAGUGGGAGGUGUAUCUGCCGCGGACUGGUCAGAAUGAGACCAAGACGUGGACAUACUGGUGGACAAACCAGACAUUUGCUGGUGGACAGACAGUGACUGUGCCUGCCCCGAUCGCGCAUAUUCCUUUGUUUCACCUGGGUAAAAGGGAAGAUAUCAUGAGCGGAAAUGUUUUCUAG